CCGUCUCCGAAGACGAUUUUCGCGCGACGUGGCGAGUACUGGUGCACCAGCAGCGCCCGCAAGUGCAAACAAACAUCUUACCAUUACCAAGCAAUCAAUACGCGAGCUGAAACGAAGAUGAAACUGUUAACAUUCACAUCGAUACUCUUCUUGGCGGUUGGUUUGGAUGCCAAGCCGGGACUUCUUGCUCCGGUGCUGUUGUCCAGCUCACAAUACCAUACGCAGGACCAACUGGGUCAAUAUUCCUAUGGUUACUCAAAUCCACAGUCGGCGAAGGCAGAGGUCAAGACUGCGGAUGGUAUCACUCAAGGCAGCUACAGUUAUGUCGACGCCGAAGGCAAACUGCAAUCUGUUCAUUACACUUCCGAUGAAAUCAAUGGCUUCCGUGUAGCGGCAACGAAUCUUCCGGCACCUGUGUUGCCCCUGGUUGCGCCUACCUCCAUUGUCCAGCAUGACACCAUCGACGUAAGCGUCAAAGCAAAACCUGCCGAAGAACAGCAAGAAAAUCAAGAGCAAUUGAUUCAGUUCGAUCAUCAACAAGAUGAACAAGCUAAUGAACAACGCGCAAAACCACUACCCCUGGAACGUUCGCAACCAACCGUACAAACGCAAACUACAACUAUUCACACACAAGCAUUGCCGAUAUUGAGAACUUCUUUGCUCACCUAUCAUUCCCCAGCAUUGCUACCAACAGUUGCUCAUUUGGGUGCUCCAGGAUUUGCAUACAGCUAUGGUUAUGGCUAUCCGCAAUACGCUUAUGUAAAUCAUCUCACACCGAUUGCAUACUCACAGCACAUAACCUCACAUGUGCCUGCACCAGCGCAGUUGCCUAUAGUUCAGACGGAAACACCUGAGGUGGCGCGCGCGAGAGCCGAACACAUCAAGGCGCAUGAACAGGCCAAGGCACGGAAUCUGUAAACUGCAAGUUUUAAUAUUUUUUCGCACGUGCGAUGAACAUGUUUGGGAAUCCUAAUUUUAUGGUGAUUAUACUGUCUUUCGGGGUGGGAUAUAAUGGUUCUUGGCUCGUCCUGUGACGGGGUACAAUAUUUUUGACUGAGCACUAACUUUACGUUUAUGUUUUUUUGUAUGUAUCAACGAAGCUAACACUUGAAACAAUAAAGGAACUUUGUGGAAGAAAAUGUAAAA